AUGGGUUUCCGUCACAACAACCUCCUUCACAACAACCAUUUCCACAAGGACUGGCAACGCCGGGUGCGGGUGUGGUUCGACCAGGCCGGCCGCAAGAAGAGCCGUCGCAAUGCUCGUGCUGCCAAGGCUGCUGCUCUGGGUAUGCGCCCUGUUCAGGCUCUGCGCCCGGCUGUCCGUGGCCAGACAUUGAAGUACAACACGAAGCUGCGUCAGGGUCGUGGCUUCACUAUUGAGGAGCUGAAGGCGGCUGGCAUCCGUAAGGUUGAGGCUCGCUCGAUUGGUAUUCCCGUGGACCACCGUCGCAAGAACAAGAGCGAAGAGAGCCUGAAGCUUAACGCUGACCGCCUGAAGGCAUACAAGGAGCGUCUGAUUGUGUUGCCUCGCCGCACCAAGAAGAACAAGAACCAAAUGCCUGACCUCUCUUCGGUCCAGACUACUCGUGCCACUCUCGCUGCUUUCCCUAUCCCUGCGGGAACGACCCCUGAGGCCCCUCGUGCCAUUACGGCCGAGGAGAAGGAAAGCAACGCUUUCCGUACGCUGCGCAUGGCUCGUGCCAUCCAUCGCUCUGAGGGUGCUCGCAAGGCUCGCGAGGCUAAGCGCGAGGAGGAGGCUGCUAACGCGAAGAAGUAA